AAGCUGCGUUUACUCCUUUCCAGAGAUUUCAUCAUUCUCUUCUCGCAUUACGGCGGUCCAUGCUUCGUAGCGCAGCAUCAGCACUGCUGAGGACCAGCACUGAGAUUUCCGCCUUCUGUCCGGUGUCUACGGUCCGGUUUGCUAGGCAGUCGCUCCGCUACCCGCCCAAAAACAGGCCGUUUUCAACCUCGGACUGCUUGUGUAAAAAGAAAAAGAAAAGCCUGUGGCUGCAGCUGGCGGAAGGACAAACCAUGGCCGGCAACAUUGAAGAUAUUCUCGCUCCUUUGAGGCUUGCAGUCAAAGAACAGGGGGACCUUGUGCGCCAAAUGAAACAGGAUGGAGCUCCUGAUGUGGAUAUCACUAAAGCUGUGGCUGAACUUAAAGCAAGGAAGAGAACUCUGGAGGCCAAGGAACUGUCAUUACAACCCAAAGAUGACAUUGUUGACAGAACCAAGAUGGAGGAUACCCUCAAGAGGCGAUUCUUUUACGACCAGGCCUUUGCCAUCUAUGGAGGUGUGAGCGGCCUGUAUGAUUUCGGCCCUGUGGGCUGUGCCCUGAAGAACAACAUCCUGCAGGCCUGGAGGCAACACUUCAUCCAGGAGGAGCAGAUCCUGGAGAUCGACUGCACCAUGCUGACCCCCGAGUCUGUCCUCAAGACAUCAGGACAUGUGGACAAAUUUGCUGACUACAUGGUGAAGGAUGUCAAGAAUGGCGAAUGCUUCAGGGCUGACCACCUCCUCAAAGCCCACCUCCAGAAGCUGAUGUCUGAUAAGAAGUGUACAGCAGAGAAGAAGGCGCAGAUGGAAGAAGUCACCACUCAGAUGGACAACUACACCCAGCAAGAGCUGACCGAUCUCUUUGUGAAGUACAACGUCAAGUCACCCACCACAGGAAAUGACCUCACACCUCCCAUCUCCUUCAACCUGAUGUUCCAGACGUCCAUCGGACCGGGGGGGAACAUGCCGGGCUAUCUGAGGCCUGAAACUGCUCAGGGAAUCUUCCUCAACUUCAAGCGUCUGUUGGAGUUUAACCAGGGAAAACUGCCCUUUGCUGCUGCUCAAAUAGGAAACUCCUUCAGGAACGAGAUCUCUCCUCGCUCUGGACUCAUUCGUGUUAGAGAGUUCACCAUGGCUGAGAUCGAGCACUUUGUGGAUCCAAAUGAGAAGGUCCACCCUAAAUUCUCCAGCGUGGCCGACCUGGAAAUCACGUUAUACUCCUCCAAAGCUCAGACUAGUGGCCAGUCUGCACAUAUCAUGAGGCUGGGGGACGCUGUGGAGCAGGGAGUGAUCAAUAACUCCGUCCUGGGAUAUUUCAUCGGGAGGAUCUACCUCUACCUUACUAAAGUUGGUAUCGCCAAAGACAAGCUGCGUUUCCGACAGCACAUGGACAACGAGAUGGCUCACUACGCCUGUGACUGCUGGGACGCCGAGGCCAAAACUUCCUACGGCUGGAUCGAAAUUGUGGGAUGUGCUGACCGGUCUUGCUUUGAUCUGCAAUGCCAUGCACGAGCUACAAAGGUCCCUUUGGUUGCUGAAAAGCCCCUAAAAGAACCCAAAGUUGUAAAUGUCGUCCAGUUCGAGCCCAACAAAGGAGCCAUUGGGAAGGCGUAUAAGAAGGAUGCUAAAAUAGCCAUGGAGUAUCUGUCUGUGUGUGACGAGUGCUUCAUUACAGAACAGGAGCAGCUGCUCAAUGAGUCUGGAGAAUUCACCAUCGAGUCAGAAGGCAAGUCUUUCAAACUCACAAAGGACAUGGUCAGUGUGAAGCGAUUCCAGAAGACUCUGCAUGUGGAAGAAGUUGUUCCCAAUGUAAUCGAGCCCUCCUUUGGCAUCGGUAGGAUCAUGUACACAAUCUUUGAGCACACAUUCCAUGUAAGAGAAGGUGAUGAACAAAGAACGUACUUUAGCUUCCCUGCUACUGUAGCUCCAUACAAAUGUUCCGUCCUGCCUUUGAGUCAAAACCAGGAUUUCAUGCCCUUCGUGAAGGAAUUAUCUGAGGCAAUGACCAAAAACGGUGUGUCUUUCAAAGUGGACGAUUCUGCAGGAUCCAUCGGCAGACGCUACGCCAGGACGGACGAGAUCGGAGUGGCGUUUGGCAUCACCAUUGACUUCGACACAGUGAACAAGACGCCUCACACAGCCACGCUGAGAGACCGCGACUCAAUGAGGCAGAUCAGGGCCGAGGUCAGCGAGUUGCCUGUGAUUAUUCGGGAUUUGGCCAACGGCAGAUUGACCUGGGCAGAAGUGGAGAGCAAGUACCCCAUCUUUGAAGGACAGGAGACCAGCAAGAAGGACACAGUUGAAGAGUAGAGCUCACUUGCCUGCCAAUCGUUACAUAAAAAUCCACAGACUUGUUGCAUAUGCAUCAACAGGAAGAAUAUUGCAACUGUAUUGUGAUAAGCUAUAGUGGUGCACCGAGCCCUCCUUGUGUUCUACGCCACUACUAUCACUAAAAUGUCAUGUAUUCAUCAUAUCUAACAAUUGUGGAAAGCUUGCACAGGACUGUUGUUUCCCCAAUGAGCAACAUUUCAACCAUGUAUGACCAUGUCAAUAUGUUUUAAAAGGGAGAAAAUGUAAUCAGGUUGUUGUAAGUGGAAGGAGGCUUCCACCAUUCAAUUUUUCAAGCAAAUUGGAUUGAGAUAUUUAACAAUUUCAAUAAAAACAAACCAGCACUCACUGGAUACCUGCA